CGCAUGGUCCCUCAUGGUAGGAGAUGGUCUAGAUUUGUCCGGCGCAUGCAUUCUACGGCUUAGAUGAAGCUCGUCAAAAACUAGGAAAUUAUAGUAAUUAAGCACCAGAGAUUGUUAUACGUCAGCGAGGACGGAAGUUAGGCACUUACCCGGAUUCCUUCCAAGCUUGUGCGACAGCCGUUGCGAAUUUCAAACCGUCCAGUUAUGAAUGGAUGGCGGACAUAUCUUUUUCAGAAAAUCGGGUGUAUGUAGGUUCACAGCGGAUCCAGCCUAGCAAAGACGCGUGAACGAGCUGCCACGAAUCCCUCGACCAUCCACUUGCAGCGUCGGUGGCCGUCCGAUCGUAGAUCAACGCCGCCCGCUGUGCCGGAAAUAUUCCAAGUCCGCAGUGGAGAACAAAUUGUGUGGCUGGAAAAAGGAAUCGAGCCACCCUCCCCGGGCACGGCCUCCCUCCUUCCUCUGCUUCCUUUCUCUUUCUCCUCCAUCGAUAUGCCGUUUGGUUUUGCGAGGACUCCUCGCUAUAAAUGGCGUCCGACGCCUUCUCACACAACUCGUACUUCCACACGCAGUUUCAGUAUUGCAUAUGUCUCAAAGGUCCAGCGUGCCACACUCUUCCUCCGUCGCCUUCGCCCUCCACUCCCAUCUCUUAGUUUCCAGCGAUUUGAGCCCCAACUGGUUUUAGCUGAGCUACAUUUCCCAAGUUUUCAGGCGAAAGCUUGGAUUUUGAGGCCUAAAGAAGAGAGCUUGGAUUGAUUGAGAUGGGGCUGAAGGGAUUCGUUGAAGGUGGCGUCGCCUCCAUUGUGGCUGGGUGCUCCACCCACCCACUUGAUCUCAUCAAGGUACGGAUGCAGCUCCAGGGCGAGUCCCUUAGUCCGGCUGUCUCCGCUCUCCGCCCCGCCGUCGCUCUCCAUAGCGGCGCCGGCGUGGCCGCUCUCUCUCACCCCCACCCUGCUCUUCCGCUGCCGCCGCGUCGCCCUGGGCCGAUAGCGGUGGGGGUGCAGAUCCUACGAACCGAGGGCGCCGCGGCGCUGUUUUCGGGGGUCUCUGCGACUGUCCUCCGACAGACGCUGUAUUCCACCACCCGGAUGGGGCUCUACGACAUGCUGAAGAAGAAAUGGUCCUCGUCGAGCGACGGCGGAUCGCUGCCGCUCCACCGCAAGGUCUCUGCCGGCCUCAUCGCAGGCGGGGUCGGCGCCGUGGUGGGAAACCCCGCUGACUUGGCCAUGGUCCGAAUGCAGGCCGACGGGCGUCUUCCUCCGGCCGAGCGCCGCAACUACAAAAGCGUCCUCGACGCCAUCGGGCGUAUGGCAAGGCAGGAGGGCGUCGCGAGCCUCUGGCGCGGGUCGUCGCUGACGGUGAACCGAGCCAUGAUCGUGACGGCGUCGCAGCUGGCGACGUACGACCAGGCGAAGGAGGCAAUCCUGCGGCGCCGAGGGGCGGGCUCGGACGGGCUGGGGACGCACGUGGCCGCGAGCUUCGCGGCGGGGCUGGUGGCAGCCGCAGCGUCGAACCCGGUCGACGUGGUGAAGACGCGGGUGAUGAACAUGAAGGUGGAGAAAGGGGCCGCGCCGCCCUACGCCGGAGCGCUGGACUGCGCCGUUAAGACGGUGCGGGCGGAGGGACCCAUGGCGCUCUACAAGGGCUUCGUGCCCACCGUGUCCCGCCAGGGCCCCUUCACCGUCGUCCUUUUCGUCACGCUCGAGCAGGUCCGCAAGCUCCUUAAGGACUACUGAAAUCAAAACGACGACGGCACUGAGUGAGGACGAUAUCGAGUUAUACUACGACGAUGGCGAUAAAAGAGUAGAUUUUGCAAUAAUUUUGACGGUUUAGAAUCCUCUGUGACGAUAUACAUUUAUUUGAAAUGAAAAUCUGAGGCUUUUCCAUAA